CGUAAAAUCCGCGUUCACGUGUCGCGCAUCACAACUCGCGUGAAGAACUUCAAGAUCACUUGUUGGUGCAAUAUCCACCUACACACGGAUAUAUUAACCUGACGACCGGAAGAUGUGGAAGUCAGCCGUGGGCCACAAUGUGAGCAUGAAGGUGGCUGCAGAGGGGGACGACUGGGAGACAGACCCUGACUUUGAGAACGACGUGUCGGAGCAGGAGCAGAGGUGGGGAGCGAAGACCGUUGAGGGUUCGGGGCGAAAAGAGCACAUCAGUGUUGCAGAGCUCAGAAACAAAGUCGCGGUGGAGCACGAGCAGCUCAAGCAGAAGGAUACGACUCCCAAAGCGUCGUAUGGAUAUGGAGGGAAGUUCGGAGUCGAAAGAGACCGAAUGGACAAGGUGGCUUUGGGGAACGACUACGUGGCGCAGGUCGAGCAGCACUCCUCCCAGAAAGACGCGGCGCGAGGGUUUGGCGGGAAAUUUGGCGUUCAGAAAGACCGCGUAGACAAGUCAGCCAUGGGCUUUGAAUACAAAGGAGAGGUGCAGCAACAUGCAUCUCAGAAAGGUAAGCCGCCUGUCCACCUUCUGAAUUACGGGACAAUAUUUUCCUUUUCCCCCAACAUAAUGUAUCUUCCCAUCCACGUGUGUUUAGACUACUCAAAGGGCUUUGGAGGAAAGUACGGCGUGGAGAAAGAAAAAGUGGACAAAGUGGCUUUGGGUUACGACUACAAAGGCGAGACGGAGAAGCACCAGUCGCAAAAAGACUACUCUAAGGGAUUUGGAGGGAAGUACGGGGUGGAGAAAGAAAAAGUGGACAAGGUGGCUUUGGGGUACGACUACAAAGGAGAAACAGAGAAGCACCAGUCGCAAAAAGAUUAUUCAAAGGGAUUUGGAGGAAAGUUUGGUGUUGAGAAGGAGAAAGUGGAUAAAGCCGCUCUGGGCUAUGAUUAUAAGAGCGAGACGGAGAAACACCAGUCACAGAAAGAUUAUUCUGCAGGUUUUGGAGGUCGUUAUGGAGUCCAGGCCGACCGCAUGGAUAAGAGUGCAGCUGGCUUCUCUGACAUGGAUUCCCCUUCCUCUGCGUAUAAAAAGACACAACCAGUCGAGGCCUCUGGUACAGGUGCUGGAAAACUGAAGGCCCGCUUUGAGAACAUGGCCAAAGCUUCAGAUGAAGAGAACAAGAAGAAAGUGGAAGAAGAAAGAGAAAGGAGACAAGCCAGAGAGAGCAGAGAGCGAGAGGUGGCAAAGCACAGGCAAGAGGAGGAGAGCAGGAGAGAGGAGGAGCACCGUCCACCACCUGUUCCAGAUGUGGCCCCAGAUGAGGCUGAAGAUGAGGCCCCAUAUGAGGAGUGGGAAAUGCAGCCACCUGAAAUCUACCACCACAUGCCAGAGAUACAAGAAAUACCUGAACCAGAACCUGAGUCAGAACCAGAAGAGGAACCGGACUACGACGAGCCCCCCCCGACCCUGCCUCCGCGCUCAGACGACUUCCUGGAUGCUCCUCAGCUCCCCAACAGGUCGGCGGCUGAGGAGGAGGAUGAUGGAGAGUACGAGGAUCUUGUUGAGCCGCCUCCUGCUCCGCCGACAGACGACGACCACGACUAUGAAGACCUGUCGAGCGGCACGCAGGCCGUAGCCAUUUAUGACUAUGAAGGAGAGGCUGAAGAUGAGAUCUCCUUCAGCCCCGAUGACGUCAUCACCCACAUUGAGAUGAUUGACGAGGGCUGGUGGAAGGGACAGUGUCACGGACGCAUUGGUCUUUUCCCGGCCGCUUAUGUUCAGCUGAUGCCAUGAGCUUAUAAGCAUCACUUAAAACUAUCAUGUUUCUCAGGUUGUAUAGCAGAGGAAAUUCAUUUUAGCACUGUAUUUAUAGAGUAAAUCAUAAAAAAUGUGCCAAAAUGGCUUCUGAUUGGCUGACGUCUAGUUGUAUUGUGUAGUAGGUCACAUAGGGUCUGUGGCAAUGAGCAUGUGACCGUAUUAGUUGAAUCUUUUAUCUGCAAUAAACUGAUUGGAUUGAAUAAAAUAUUCUACAGGCAA